AUGGAGGCCCUUCUGCUCCAGGGAAGAAUCCCCAAGCAGGAUAUACUUUCUAUCCCUGCUUUGUGCCUGUUAGUUUCCACUACAACCUUAUCCUCAGGACAAGAUUCAGGCAUCAACAUGAAGUGUAUCCUAUUAACCUUGCUGAUGAUAACUGGUGUUAUUUCAUUUGUUAUUGAAGAUACUGAAGACCUACGUCAUCUUUUCUAUUUAUUAUACCUGAAAUCCAGUUACCAGUCCUAUAUGGGGACUCUGAUUGCUCCUCAGUGGGUGAUAACGGCAGCACACUGCUUCUUACCAGCUCUCCGGGUCAUCUUAACUGGUGGAGCCAACAGUUUUCAAGACUUUAUUGGGGAGAUUCUGCCUUAUGAGAAGAUCAUCGUUCACCCAGACUUCACUGUCACUUCUCCUAAAAAUGAUCUUAUGCUGAUAAAGUUGUCUGUACCCCUCACCUUCUUCUACACCAGCAUUUUUCAGUUGCCUAGUGCCAAGAUAAAGGAAUUUCCAGAUUGCUUGAUUUACACCUGAGUAAAUAAAGAAUCUGUUGGAAAUCCAGGCAGUAACCUGCACAGCAUUAUGAAUGAAUUGAACACUGAUUCAAUCUGCAAAGCUUUACUGGGUGAAAAGUUCCUUGAAGACAUGUUCUGUAUGGGACGCAUAGGAAGAAGCAGAGAUAAAUGCCAGGUGACCACAGCUGCACCAGCCACAUGUGGCGGUGAAUUACAAGGAAUUAUGUCUUGGGCAACUGGAGGUAUUCUGACAGGUCAUACUAUUGUCUUCACUGACAUCUCCAGCUACAUUCCAUGGAUUGAGAACAUUAUUUCUACAAAAUAA